GCAUACGUUCAACGGUAUGUUUAUAAACCUGGCUUUGAUGAUGUGGAUAAUCAUUGUUGUUAAAACUGAAACAAUGAUCAGGCCGCGAUACAUCCUCGCCGUUGUCAUGGCAUUAGCUAUGCUUUUGGCAUGUGCCAAAUCGAAACCAUCCUGUGUAAUAUUGUAUGAAGCGAUAGUGGAAGACGCCUCCUCGUCGAUCAAUGCGAGGGACGUCCCCAAGACAGAUGUGCGCAAGUUCGUCAGACGAGUAAAGGGCACCCCGCCGCCAACAAGUGAUCCUAAGUUUGGACGUGACGUUGAUUUUCCAGAGUGUUCUCAGAGACGAGGGAAAACAGUAGUAUUAUGGAGCAAAGUGGGAUAUCCGGGAAGGAAACGAAGGGCGUUGCCGAUGAUGAGGUCGUCCAUGAUGAGACGCGCGCUAGAGAAUCACUAGAAGACGCAGCCCAAUUUGCGUUACCAGUUGGAAACUUACAGUUAAAUUAUGAAUGUAAUAAAGUACGUUACUAGAUGAUAUAGCAAUAUU